AUGGAUCCCUCAUCAAACGACAUCAAUUCCUCUGAAUCUGUUGAAGAUAGUCAACCUCAGCCAGCUGAGAACAUCACUUAUAUGGACGUUGCUUUGUAUGAGGCUGCAGCCGGAGGCAAAAUUGAAAAUUUCAAUAAGUACAGAGGGUUUGAACUUGAGUCGCUACUGACCCCGAACCACAACACGGUGCUUCAUAUUUACUUGGCAACCGAUGUUCUUUCUCGUGUGCUGGGUUCGGAUAAGAAGUACUCCGAAUUUGGACCAUUCACGCGAAUCAUGUUAUUCCCACUUACUUCUAUUUAUAAAUUAAUUCUCAUACCUUCACAUGUAAAGCAAGUCCAAAUUGCAAAAUGGAGAUUCACAACCAGUUUUAUCAAACAGAUUCUUGACAAAUGUCCUUCACUGCUACUGCAACCCAAUGCUAAAGGUCAAACUCCAUUACACAUUGCAGCGAGGUAUGGACAUUUUGCUAUUGUGAAAUUUCUUAUUAAUCGCGCAAAAGCUCCUCAUGGAGACCUAGAGAGGCCGGGAAUGGAAUUUGAAGCAGUCAGGCAGAUGCUCAGAAAGACGGAUCUGGAAUCCAACACUGCUUUACACGAAGCAGUUCAAUAUGGUCAUCUUGAAGUGGUGCAAGCAUUGCUAGAGUUUGAAGACCCAGAUUAUUCAUAUUCUGUUAAUAGAAACGAGGAGAGUCCACUUUACAUAGCAGCUAGGAGAGGAGUUGGGGCAACAAGAAUAAUAUUGAAGAAGAAAAGGAAUUUGACACGGGAAACGGAUGAAAAUGGACAGACCCCACUUCAUUAUGCUGCACACUUAGAUGACAACCCUUCUUAUGGCAGCGAGGCAAGGCCAUGGACGAAUAGUAAGAAAGAUUAUUUCAGUUGUCCAGAUUGUUGUGAAAAGGUGGACAAAAGAGGUUGGAAUUUACUUCAUUUUGUGGCAGUUAGACACUCACCCCUUGAAUUAAAACUAUUUCUAGAAGGUGAACUUGGGACUGCGUACCCAUCAAUAAAAAAUCUUAGAGAUGAGAAAGAUGCCCGUGGAAUCACACCUCCACAAGUAUAUCUUGCAUCUCUACCUGGUUUUGACCGGAGAGUUAGACUACCGUUUUCCAAGAACAAGCCAAGUAGGAAGCAAAGGGAACAAAUUGUGAAAUUGCUGGAAGAUAUUACUAAUGAAGAAGUGGCCGAGGCACCAGUUCGUCGCAUUCCCAUACAAAAUGAGUGGGAAAGCUUAGAGAAGGCAAGAGAAGCUCAUUUAGUAGUGGCAGCACUUAUAGCAACUGUAACAUUUGCAGCAGCAAUAACAGUUCCAGGUGGUUACAAGAGCGAGAAAGGCCCAGAUCAAGGCACUCCUUUCCUCAUUCAUAACACAGCCUUUCAAGCGUUUGUUAUAACAGAUGCCUUGGCCUUUAUUUUCUCUCUCUUUGCCAUCGCCAUCCAUUUUGGAAUGUGGUUUCCUUUUAUCCCAUAUCAAUAUCGUCGCACAUUGUCAUUUCGAGUGGCCACUACAUGCCUUGGUUAUGCAUUGUUGGCAUUGGUGAUUGCUUUCUGCACAGGCACUUAUGCAGUGUUACAACCUUCUCCCAGGCUUGCUAUUGCCUCAUGUUGCAUCGGCGUCAGCAUCUACUUCUUAUUAUGGGUAAAAAAGCUCGUUGCCUAAAAAAUGUAUCUAUAAUUAUGUUAGAAAAUACAAGGCUUAUGAAUACAAAAUAAUGUGUACUUGAUGUUUGAACUUGUGAUCUCCUUGUAGCCUCUAUCUUUUGCAAGUUGAGUAGAACAAAUGCAUCUUUCAAUCUUAAAUGGGUGUAACUUCAAGGUGGGCUACAAUUACCAUUUUUCUUAAAGGUUUAUGUUGUCUCUAUCAAUUACAAUAUGCAAAAGAAGUUGGAUUGAAUAGCCUCCAAGAUACAAUGAAAAUUAUGUUUGGUUUACUUUACACUAAAAAAA